AUGCGAGUAUUAGAUUCGACUUUUAAAUUUCUAACUAUUUGUGGUUGUUGGCGACCGGAUUCUUGGACAUCGUCAUGUAAACGUGUAAUCUAUCAUAUGCACACAUUUUUCGUGCUUGUGUUAAUAAACACGUUUACUUUAUCACAAUUACUGGAUAUUAUUCUUACUGUGGAUAAUGCGGACGAUUUCACUGAUAAUUUCUACAUGUUACUUGCAAUGAUUGUAUCUUGUUGUAAGAUGCUUAGUAUGUUGAUAAAUCGCAAAAAUAUUGCUUUGUUAAUAAACAUUCUCAUGAAAACACCGUGUAGACCAUUGGAACCGGAAGAAAUGGAAAUUCACAACAAAUUUGAUAAGGGCGUACAAGCAAACACGAUACAUUAUGCAAUUUUGGUUGAAAUGACUUGCGUAUGCAUUACGUUAACAUCGUUACUCACGGACUUUAGAAGACGGACAUUGACAUUCAGAGCCUGGUUACCGUAUGAUUAUUCAUCGUCAAUCUUAUUUUACAUCACAUAUGCUCAUCAAUUGAUAAGUUUAAUAAUCGGAUCUGUCCUGCAUGUUGCUUGCGAUGGCCUGAUUUGUGGAUUAUUGGUACACAUUUGCUGCCAAAUCAAAAUAUUAGAAUCUCGUUUGAGAAGAAUAGCAUAUGAGCCUGGUAUUCUUUCUGAGUGCAUUCUACAACAUAAUCAUAUUUUCGACUUUGCUAUCACGGUCAAUGAAAAAUUCAGAUUUACUAUUGCUAUUCAGUUUAUGGUUAGCACAUUGGUAGUGUGUUUCAAUUUAUAUCAAUUAACUAGGUCAACUACAACAAAUGCAAAGUAUGUUCAGCUGGUAUUAUACAUGUGCAGUAUGCUGACACAAAUCUUUUUUUAUUGCUGGUAUGGAAAUGAGGUAAAAUUAAAGAGCCAACAACUCGUCAGUAAUAUUUUUGAUAUGGAAUGGUGUAUAUUAGAUCAAAAUGUAAAAAAAAUUUUAUUAUUAAUUAUGAGACGUAGUACAGUGCCUAUUGAAUUUACCACCGCCUAUAUUAUUUCGAUGAAUCUUGAUUCUUUCGUGGGUUUACUUAAAACAUCGUAUUCAGCUUACAAUAUUUUGCAACAAAUAAAAUUAAUGUAUAAAGCGUGGCUGCCAUUUGAUUAUUACUCGUCAACAGUACUUUUUUAUCUAACAUCUGCUCAUCAAGUGAUAAGCCUUACUAUCGCAAUGUUCGUAAAUAUUGGUUGCGAUACUCUCAUCUGUGGAUUAUUAGUUCAUAUUUGCUGUCAAAUUGAGAUUUUGACUUAUCGCCUGAGAAAUAUUAUAUUUUGUUCAGAUUUUCUUCGUGUUUGCUUAUAUCAACAUUACCAUAUCUUCAGAAUUAACACUCGACGUUUCAUAUGUCUGGGAACAGUAACAUGUUUAUGUGUCGUAUUGACAUCUUUAUCAGUGAACUUCAGAAUUAGAAAAUUAACGUAUAGAGCAUGGUUACCAUUUGAUUAUUCGUCAACAUUAUUGUUUUAUCUAAUGUAUGCUCAUCAAUUGAUAUGUUUAAUUGCCGGAGGAUUUUUAAAUAUUGGUUGCGAUACUCUCAUCUGUGGAUUAUUGGUCCACAUUUGUUGUCAAAUUGAAAUAUUGACUUAUCGUUUGAAAAAUAUUGUAUCUUAUUCAAACGUACUUCGCAAUUGUGUAUAUCAACAUUAUCAUAUCUUCAGACUUGCGUUUAUUGUAAAUGCGAAAUUUAGAUUAACUAUUGCUAUUCAAUUUAUAACUAGUACGUUGGUGGUUUGCUUCAGUCUUUAUCAAUUAAGUACAGCAACAACAAAAGCCAAAUAUAUUGAGAUGAUAUUAUAUAUAUCUUGCAUGUUAACAGAAAUAUUCUUCUAUUGCUGGUAUGGUAACGAAUUAAAAAUAAAGAGUCAUCGAAUGAUCGAUAAUAUUUUUGAAAUUGAAUGGCUAGCGUUGGAUAAAAAUAGGAAGAAAUCUCUAAUGAUAAUAAUGAGCCGAGCAAUCGUACCUAUUCAGAUUACCUGUGCUUAUAUUGUUCCUAUGGAUCUUAAUUCCUUUAUGAGUUUACUUAAGACGUCGUAUUCCACAUACAACUUACUUCAACAAAUACGGGAAUAA